GUAAACUGUGCUGUAACACUAUAAUGGUUAUUUUCUCGCAGCCCAAAACUUUGGCGCUUCGGAUUGAAAAAGAUCUUCAAAUCAAAAUCAUCAACUCAAAGGGAACAAUAGAGCAUUGAAUUCGUGAUUAGAAAGAGUGGUCGUGAGUUCUGAAUUUGAAUUUCAUAAACCCUAGAUAUUUCCAUGGAUGUGAAAAAUAUCCUCGGAGGAUUGCCCAAUUUUUCCUUCCCACUUCAAGAGAAGAAUUCUAGCGAGGUGUGUGCACUUACUGGUGGAUUUGCACCUCUUAUGCCAGCAGUUGAUUUGUCUCUGUUGAAAAAAAAGCCUCCUUCAGACAAAAAGGUCAUUUGGCGAUGGCUUCCUUUCAAAAAUUCUGCUCGUAAAGAUGAUCUUCAGCUUCACCAUUGGCAGAUUCAAGUUGUAAAUGGUGUUCCACCAACAGGGGACUAUUCUUUUGCCAAGUAUAACAAGUCUGUUGACAUAACAAGAUACACGGACGAGGAGUAUGAGAAAUAUUUGGCAAAUCCUAAAUGGACCAAGGAGGAAACAGAUCAACUGUUUGACUUGUGUGAGAGGUUUAAUCUCCGAUUUAUUGUUAUAGCUGAUAGGUUCCCUUCAUCUCGAACUGUUGAAGAAUUGAAGGAUCGAUAUUAUAGUGUAUCCCGGGCUAUGUUAAUUGCCAGGAAUCCAUCUUCUACGGAUGUUGCAAUGGAUCCACUUGUUCAGGAACCAUAUAACGUUUCACAGGAGAUGGAACGGAAACGAGCUCAGUCUCUGAUCCUUUCUCAAACAAAGCAACAAGAGCGAAGAGAUGAAGAGGUGCUUGCCGAAGCAAAAAGAAUUGCUGAAUUACGCAUAAUGACCAAGGUUGACCUAGAGUCUGAGUUGGAUGUUGCUUCAAAGGCUUGUGCAAACGUUACAGAGAGGGCCAACCCCGGUGAAACUGUAUCUCCAUCAAAUACAGAACUUCCACCAAUAGUUGUUUCUUCCAUGACAUCGACAGAUAAUGCAUCUACCAUAGCCUCUCUUCGCAUGCUUUAUGUCUAUUCAAGAACCUAUGCACUUGGACAAAUGGUGCAAUCUGCAAGCUCAUCAGCUGGACUUCGGACUAUCAAACGUGUUGAUCAAACUUUGCAGGAACUUGGGGUCAAUUUGAAACCAAGGGUUCCAACAAAAACUGUUUGUGCAGAGCAUCUAGAACUAAGAAAUGAAAUACUAACCUUGCUAAAUCUUCAGAAACAGCUGCAAAAUAAGGAGGUUGAAGGUUCAUCUUUUCGUGACGGGUCACACUGCGAAACAACGGGAACACCAAAGCGUUUGCAUCGAGGCGGAGAUCAGGAUCUGACAUUUGUUCCAGAUAACACAAGUUCUGGGGGGGAAAGAAUUGGUAAAAGGGAUCAAAAGCGCAAGAAACUUCAUCAUCACCAGCCCAUUCAAAAAGACAAAAAAAACUAAAGGCUUCAGAUCUUUAGCUCCCCUAGUGGAAACCGGAAUGGUGUUGCGAUUUGUGGUGCUCUUUUGAUAGGAAUAGUGAAUCUUGUAUUAAGCAGCAGUGAACUCAACUACUGGCAAUUCUGAUUGUGGUUAGUUUAGUUUAGAAAAUUGUUGGUAGUUUUUUAUAUUCAGUGCUGCAUGGAGCAAUGAGGUUCACAUCUUCAUCAAAUACGUCCCCACAGAGAAAGUGAACUUUAUUUUGUGCUGGUUAAGCUUUAGAGUGAUACCAGCCACCAGGUGCUAGCGACCAACCAAGCUUAUUAGGAUUUGUAUAUAAUUAGGAUUAGGAGUUGUGAAUAUUCCAGAAAUUUGCAGAUGCUUAUGUUAUCUGUCGAAACACCUUUAAGCCUGAAACUAUUAUAUAAGGAUGUAGAAAUUUGUUUGUUAAGGAAGCUAAUGAAACAAAUGACAAGCCUAUGGGAAUAUUACAAGGGAAUGAAAAAUAGAACCUUCAAAAGGAAAA